CGUCAGUUUCUCACGAGCAUUAUACGGUCGUGGACCGAUCAAAUCAUGUCGUUAACGCAAAAAAGAAAAAUCACAAUGCAAAAAUACGAUUUGAAUCAUAUCGCGCUCAUAUUAGCGAUCGAGAAUGAAGAGUUUGACAAAGCAAGUGAAAUUUUAGCACGCGAUAGCGAAAAUAGAUAUGUGCGUCCAGUCGGUUCCCUUCAAGUGACAGCCCUGCAGAUGGCUGCGUGGCAAGGAAAUAUAGAUCUGUUGAAUGAACUCUAUAAGAAAGGCGCUGACAUAAACAACAAGGAUAAAUAUGGUAGAAGCGCCCUUUAUUACGCGGCACACAACGGUAAUAUUGACGUGACAAAGUGGCUUCUUCAACACGGAGGACAGAUCAAUAUCAAAGUCGGUAUCUACUCGUGUACCAUCCCAGAUUUUUCGCUGCCAAAAUGCUGCGUCUUAGGAAAAAAAUUGCCGUUACCCAUGUGCUGGGGAAGAACGCCGUUGCAUCAGGCGGUAAAAAAUAAUCACGCAGACGUCGUGCGCGUUUUGGUGGAAGGCGGUGCGGAUGUAAACGUUGAAGACAAGCGCCUGAUUACUCCGUUGCUCUUAGCAGGAAGCGCGGUGAAUUGCCAUGAUCUCAAUGAGAUGACUAAGUUCGUCAAGAUCAUUAGGAUUUUAGUUGCCGCGAAGGUGUUCGUUAACAUUAUUCAUCCGGACACGGGUACCACUGCUUUACAUCAUGCGGCGAUGUUAGGUAGUGCAGAUGCGAUGAAGAUAUUACUGUCAAAUGGUGCAAAGCCGAUGUAUAAAUGCAUGAGUUCCGGAAGCACGCCUCUUCAUAUCGUCGCGAGUACAGGGAACAUCGAGACACUAAAGGUUCUACUUGAAGUAAUGCAACGUCAUAAUAUUGACACACGCGAUCAGAUCAAUCGUACGGCUCUUCAUAGAGCGUCUUAUCAAGGUCAUCGUGAAUGCGUACGAGUUUUGAUCAGUCAUGGAGCUAAUUUAGCCGCGGUUACGAAAACCGGUGUCACCGUCAUUGAUGCUAUAUUCGCUCAUAUUUCACAACCAUUGGCUUUUUUAACAGAUAUCUUGGAUUCUUGCGUACGAACGACCAAUAAUUCUCCUUCAGAAAAAUACGAGAAUAUCACUGUCGACUUCAGUAUAUUGGCACCAAAGAACCAAAUGCAAAUGGCAGUAGUCACGGCCAUUGUAGCCGCAACUUCAGAUAUAAGGCAACUGGCAAUAUUACAGCAUCCACUUGUGGAGACAUUUCUCAAACUAAAGUGGACGAGAUUAAGGAUACUUUUCUUUUUUUUUAUACUUAUAUACUUGUUUUUCGUUAUUUCCCUCUCGGUCUACGCAAUAAUGUUUGCACAUGGCGAUGAUCACAUGGUGACUCGAAGAAUCCUAACGAUCUGUUCUUGCUUUCUUUUGUUUCACAAUACGAUUCAAGUUAUAUUAGAACCCAAGCAUUAUUUGAGACAACUCGAGACGUGGUUAUCAUUUAUAUGCGCCAUGCUAUCCUUGGUAACAUCGAUAGCGGGCGAGUUUGUAAAGUGCUCAAAGAAAGAAAGUGAGCCUUGCGCAUACUGGGUGCUACAUUCCAUCAGUAUCGCAAUCUUAUUGAGUUGGAUGCAAAUGAUGUUGUUAAUUAGUCGAAUUCCAAUGUGGGGAUAUUACGCGCUCAUGUUUUCCAUGGUGUUGAAAAACAUUUUAAAGGUUCUUCUGGCGUUUGGUUAUUUGAUUGUCGGAUUUGCGUUGAGUUUUGCUGUUUUAUUUUACCGAAUGAAUGAUCAAUUUUACGAUUUCUGGAGCGCCAUCGUAAAGACUGUGGUAAUGAUGAUGGGCGAAUACGAGUAUAAGGAUCUAUUCAAAGAAAACAGUGAUUUUCUAUCGGUCACAAGCAAAAUCGUGUUCAUCAUUUUCAUCCUCGCCAGUAUCGUUCUGAUCAAUCUCAUGAUCGGUCUAGCAGUCAACGACAUUCAAGGACUCGAAAAAGAGGGCCAUAUACGUCAAUUAUUGAAACAAGCGGAAUUUGUCGCACAUUUAGAGAGGGUGACAUCACACCGAAUCUUUAGCAGUAAUUGGCUACAUCCUCGCUUAAGAACGCUCUUGCACUCGAGACGCGAUAUUCUCACAAAAAUUACGCUGGUCUCUCGUGAAAAUUAUUUUCAUCAUACAAGUCAUUUUACGGAAGCGCCUCCUAAGAUUCCCGCCGAUCUAAUGGAAGCUUUAUUUCUAUUAGCCACCAAGACAUCUUUCAAUAAUUUGGCGGACAAAAAUAUAGAAUUUGGCGAUGCGAAGCUAACUUCCAUACUAUCCAAUUUAGAAGAACAAAUUCGGGAAUUGAAAACACAUUGUUACCGCAAUAUGACGAAUCGAAGAUUGUCGAAACGACGCGGAUUUAAAAGCAAGCCUGUCCAAAAAAGGUUUAUAAAUACUUAAUACAUUGCGCAUUGCAAUUGUUUCUUAGUGUGCUGGAUAUGGUAUUAGUUUUAUAGCAACGUUUAUUGUAAUCAUUAAUUAAAGUACCAUAAAAAAUUUUAGUAAUGUAUAAUAUUUAUAAAUAUAAAACAACAUGUUUUUUAUAAAAUAAAAAUUGGAAAGUGAAAUACACACGUGCAAAACGCUUGCGCAUAAUGGUAAGUCAGUGAUCCGUCUUAUCUUCUCAGUAUAAAGACGACCUAAUAGAUAUAUCAUACAGAUGUCACCACGGAACUAGUUCAAAUUGUUUUUAAAUUUUAAUUUUUUGCAACUACCCGCGCGGAACCAAUAAUCACGAUUCAUAUCGACCAAAUUUCCUCGACACAACUAAAUUUUGAUUACUUAUUCAUAUUGUUAAUUUUACAUACGUGUCUCCCCUUUUAUUUAGUUGAGCUAGUCAAUUUCAUUUAUAACAGAAUCAAAGAAACCCUGAGCUUUAUAUUUAAUUUCAUUAAAACAUAAUUUAGGACGGCCAGGCAAGAUUUAUGUGUAAUCACCGAUAAGGCUGAAUUACGCAAUAAUUAACGAUAUUUACGGUAGUAUGUUAAACGUUAGAUCGUCGUUUCGUCGCAUUCGAAGUAUUCGAAUGCGACACGCGCUGCUGUACCUCUGGAUAUAUGCCGGUAUUAAAGAUUUUUUAUUUUUCAACCAUGAUAUGUAUUUAACUGGCGGGUUUUGCGUGUUCGUGUCUCCAUAUAUCCGGCUACUAAAUAGCCGCGCGUAUUACUCGCGAUGUAGCGGCAGCAGCCGAGAAUUACGCAGCCGAAAAAUAUUGCGGAGCAUAAAUUAUAAGCCGGAUAAGUAUAUUUGCAAAAUGUACGCUCUUUCCCAACGGUAUAUCGUGGCGGCAGCGAGAUCCCACCAUAAAACGUGCAAUUUUGCUGUCUUACUCAUUCCUAGUAUUCCUAUUUAAUUCUUUAUUAUGUGGAACCCGAAUAAUAAUUUUAUGAAAUUCCUACUGAUAAUACGGAAGAUAAAAAUCUAUAUAACAUAAAAGGAUACAAUAUUACGGAACUUUAUUUGAAUUCUAUUUCGCGAAUAAUGUCACGCCUGAUUAUGUCAUGUACUGCAGUAAAUUGCAAUAGGACCAACAUAUUGAAACGCUUAAAUAGCCGCGUACUCAUUUCGAAGCGUAUAUGUUAAUCAUGUAAUUCCGUACUACCUACGUAUGAUAGAUCCAUUGCAUUCGUAAAGUUUGCGAGACUAAUUAAAAAUUUAUUAAAAUUAUGAAAGAGCUGCACUCGUAAAGUGAUGCGGCUAAAAUUUAGUUUGGGCGACGCGCUUUCUAAAAAGGAACAACGGCAGCAAAAAGCGAGAGUCGAAAAACUCACUGAAAGAGACUCGCGAGAGGAGGCGGCUCUCAUCGGCGAUGCGAAUUUAGAUGCUUUCAUGACGUAUUAAAUUCGCUUGUAUGUCGGGGUUCUGUAUAUAUUUCAACGGCGUUUCAGCGGCACGCAUCACGAUUCGGCGGUAUCGUCGGUAUAAUUUCGAAAGAGCGUCGAAAAUACAGCGGCGCUGUUUUCUCGAUUUUGCAGCGCCGUCAUAGGAAACAUGACUAUUUCGGAUUUUUCCUUUCGGUUCGUACAUAAUUUUCAGAAAUCCGAAACGUGAACGCGCGCGUACACGAUAUGAUCUCUCGCCAUUAUUACGGUGCAAAACCAAAAUACAAAAUUACAGAGGAAGAUUUAUAUGUUUAUCGCGCGCACAAAUCGUGAUUGAAAGCGGAAAACACAGAAUAACUACUUCGGUAAAAUCAUAUUAUAAAAGAAAACCUCAUUGUGUGCGUAAUAUUUUUUGCAAAGUCAGUUCCUUAUAUUUAUUGAUAAAUGACUCACAAUAUUCAAUUUUUAUAGCAACAUAAAAUGUUUACUGCGCGAGUUUAUAUUGCGAGUUUACUCAGUAACGUUAGGUAACUUUAUACGACAAUAUACUAAUUAACCGCUAAAAUUGGCUACAAUGAGCGAUAUAGCGGAUAUAUAAAUUAUCAUAAAUUACUACGUUCUUCCGUGAUAGUGGCUCAAGAAAUCACGCGUGUGCACCUGCUCUUAUGGUUUCACACAGAAGCGCACGUUCACGCGUGUGUUCACGUUGAUUGAAUAAUAAAUUCGUGACAAUCCUGUCAUUUUUAUUUUUUGAUCAAUGAAUAUAUUACUCGACAAAUUUUUCGAUUCGAUAAGAAACUGGAAAAUAAGAAAAAGAGAGAAUUUUCGACUAAAACAGUAAAAAAAAAACAAAAAAAAACUUGCAACGAUUCACCUAGCAAUAACUUUCAGCGCGAUAUUUACAAACUUGAUCGGUAUGAUGACAAACGUGCGCGCGCCCGCGCGUGGCUAUUCAUCUUUAAAGCUUGAAAAUAAACAGAAUAAAUAAGAAAAAAUCGUUUGUAUUUUCCUACCUUCGUAGAUCAGGUGGUAGACAACGUGGGUAAUUCGUGAAGAGAGGACAGACGCAUCGACGACCGUGGAAUAUCGUUGGCGAUGAAAAGCGCGAUUCUUUCAUCAAACAAGAGCUACGAAGAGGACAACCAGAACGACGACACAACACGUUGAUGGUAGUGUGGUAGUGGUAGGCAGCGACCAGCACGGGCAGCAGGCAGCAGCGACGGAGGAGGCGACGCGGCAGGAGGA